AUGAUGAAUCAGAUUCGCGAAUCAGAAGACCCUGAUAUUUGCAAAAUGAUUCUUGGCCUGGUUGCUAUUGUUUACUGGCCCAUCUCCUUAGAAGAACUGGCAUCUAUCUUGGAUAUUCCGAAUAAUCUCAAUGACAAAGAUCUUGAGGAACUGGUUGUCGCGAUUUCUUGCUUAAAGACAAAAAGCUCGCCUUUGAGCCUGGGAGCCAGCAUUAUGCAGUUCUCUGCAGAUCUUUGGAAAUUAUUGAAUUGGUUAGAAGCUCUUAGCUUAAUGGAGAGAAUGACAGAUGCUAUAAGGACUGUUAGCAUUGUAAAGGAACUAAGCUGGCACCUCUGCAAGUCUACAGCUCUACACUUUUUUUUAAGCCCAGUCUCCAGCAUUGUAAGGCAAAUGUACGAGGAGACUGAAGGGCCAAAGUGGGUUACUACAAAGUCGGAGAUGUUGGAUGAGUGGAUCGCUUACUUCCAACCCUUCGAAGGUCAUAAAGAACCAGUUAGAGCUUUGGCGUUUUCGCCAGACGGGGAACACUUAGUGUCUUGGUCAGAAGAUGCGACAGGAAAGCUCUGGGAUCUGGAGUCAGGUGCGUGUUUACAUACAUUCGAAGAUGAUAUCGACGACGAUCAAUCCCCUUUAUCACUCGCAAUUUCAUCAAAUAGUGAUCUUUUAGCGGCUGAAUUAGGUCUUGAAGAGAGCAUUCGGAUUUGGAAUUUGGCCACAAAUACGCAUCUGCAAUGCAUCUCCAUCUCACAAUUCAGGGCAUAUGAGGGAAUUUUGGUGCUUUCGCUAGAUAGUACCCGACUUGGAGCGAUGCUGUACGAUGGUAUCAUCCUCAUCUACGAGAUAAAUACGGGCACGCUUGUUGAACUCCUCGACAACAUUUAUGACACAGGACAUGGAUUAAAUACUGCACAGAGCCAAGAUCCAAACUACAGAUUGAAGUUAUCCAGAUUUGAUAGGAGUCGAGACAAAGCGUGGAUUCUCCAUGGGCAGGAUCGGGUGCUAUGGCUUCCUCCAGAGUACCGCCCCAUCGCAACGGCAGUGUAUGAUGACCUUGUUGUUAUUUGGCCUGGAUAUGGUCGAGUAUUAUGUCUCCAAUUCGAUAUGGGCGAGAUGGACAAGGAGCUUGCAGUGAAUGCUGUCGCCAUGGUAUGGCGGCUAUCGUUGUUUGCAAGUGGAAAAGUGGAAGAGGAGCGCCUUAAAGACAAGAACAAAUAUAGCAAUUAUUAUGCGUGUUGA